AUGCCCGACAAGCAACUUCCAGCGCUACCCACGCCCGAACGCCGGGCGUAUGAGAGACCAGCACACUACAGUAUGCCUGUGCAUGGUCUCCAUGAUCGUUCCAGCGCGCCCACCAGCGCACAACAUGGUCGCCACACCAACGACGACUCAGCGGCACGCCCGCAUACGUCCAGCUACCUUGGCGCCAGCUUCGCUUUGGCACCUCUUGCGAGCUUUCCAAGCGCAUCGUCGCUCUCUGAACCUGUUUCUGCUCCUAUCGGCGACACAAUCACGCCAAUGUCGUCUACACCUACACAAACUGUGUCGCCAUCUCGUACCUCUGGCGCGCCUACUCUCUCCGUGGCACUCCCGUCGCCGUACCUGCUACUGGCCUCUUCUCAGACAUCUACAGAGUUUGGAGCCCCCACGGAUACUGCCCCGCGUGCACCUCCCAUGACGCAGGUUCCUGUGGAUGGCCCAAAUGAGCCACCGCAUACCUCGGUGCAUGGUAUGUACGCUGACGCCCCUGCCUCUCAAACCGCGCAUUUGGAUGCACCCCUGCCACUGGGGCCGCUCGUGACCCCCCAGGACAUUCCUUGUGUUGAACCACCCAAUAUCGAUAUGUUGCCUCCCAUUCCAGAGGACUGGGCUGCCGGCUUGGUUCAGCCGUGCCUCAUCAUCGAGACGGAGCUGCUCAUCACCUUCUCGGCGAAGCAGGCUGAACACGAUUCGGCCGCCUCGGGUGGCGGUAGCCUGGCCAGCACGAUGCUGGUACCCCGCGUUGCACCCGAGACGGCCGGGCGAUUCCGCGUAUGGCUCGCUGCUCAAGAUGCUACGGGUACCACACUGAUGCACCUGCUGUGGGAUCGAAAGACUGAGGGCGGAUUUCCGGAACUCAAGGAGCUGGUACGUCGCCUUUGCUGA